CCAUCGGCUAAAGUCCUCAAUUCAGGGCUAAUUAAGGAAACGGAAAGAAAAGCAGCACGUCGACAAUGCUGUCGUCACGUAAACAUUUAAUUGCCUUCGUUGUGGUGACAACAUUAGUCAGCUUGACGGUUGCUCAGGAGUCCACAUUUUUGGCAACGAUCACCAGUUCAAACAACCAGCUUCAGUCGGCUAAUGGUGCUAGCUUAAAUAACGAGACGAUUUCGAUUAAUAUCAGCGAAAUAGUUGCAGCUGUCGAAGCGGCAUCGAAUACCACAGAUUCCACUACAGCUUCUACAACAGCGACAGCAACAACGGUGCCAACAAGCACAGUAUUACCAGUUACAACAACCACACAAGCAGCAACUACCACAUCCACAACAACCAUUCCAACAACAACUACUCCAACAACAACUAUUCCAACAACAACUACUCCAACAACAACCAUUCCAACAACAACCACGCAAAUUGCAACGACAACACCAGCUCCAACAACGCAAACUCCAACCACACCACUGCCUUCCACGACAACGCCACAAGCUACUACAACAAUAAGUCUAAUUUCAACAAUUCCGCCAUCCACUACAACAAUAUUGCUACCCUCAACCCCUACAACAACCACAGAAACUCCCACAACAACACCGCCAUCUACGACAACAGCCACUCAAGCUUCAACAUCUUUACAAUCGACAACACCACCACAAGUUCCAACAACCACUCUAGCUCCCACCACAACUCCACCACCUACGCCCCCAGCUUUAACCACAACAACCUUUCCAUUGACUACAACAACAGAACCCACAACAACCACACAGAGUCUUACAACAACACCAAUUCCGACAACAACUACACCGACUCUUACAACAACACAAAUUCCAACAACAACCACACAGACUCUUACAACAACACCAAUUCCAACAACAACUUCACAACCUACAACAGGAACCACACAAGCUACAACAACUCCAGAGGCAAUAGCUAUCACCGAAGCUUUAACAACAAUUGUUGAUAGCACCACAACUUCAACUAUUUUAAUAACAACUACUAGCACAACACCACUCCCGUAUACCGUUUACACCAUGGAACCCUAUCCGAAUAUAUUCGGCCAAUCCAACGUGAUUGGUAACCAGGGACGCAAAUUGCGGAAGGGUCGCAAAGGGCGCAAGGGAAGAAAGCUACGUCGUCGCACCACUUUGGCACCACUGACAACGAGCACCUCAACGAGCACAACAACAACCGCCAGGACAACUCUGAGUAGCGAUGAUUUCAGCGACGACUACGAAGAUCUAGUCCUCAACUCGAACACUGUACUGGAACCUUUUCCCGACUUGCCUCUCGACCUCGGAAACAUUAAUAACAACAGGAUUCCCAAGUAGGUGAAUGCAUGCACCGAUCUCCAGGAGACUGAGACCAUUAACUGGAGUUCCCCCUUGCUCCAUGGUUUGUUGGUUAUGUUUGUAAGUUAUAUUACCACAAAAUUGUAGUUUACCGCUUAUGAGCGAAAUAUAUUUAAAAGAAAUAAAACUAUUUUGUUU